AUGGGAUCCAGGAGAACGGUGGCUUUUAAUUGGGAAUCAAAGGAAUCGGGAGGGCUAUUGGGACAGUGUAUCUUUGGUGAAGGAAAGUCAUGCUCAGCGAUAGGAGUGGUGCUAAAUGGCAAUAAUCAUCACCAAGAGAAGGGAAAGGGUCAUCAAGAGUUUAAGGGCAAAGGCAAAGGAAGGGCUUAUGAGGAUCAAGAAGUUCACUGGGUUCGUGUUCCUGAGAGAGACAAUAAGAGAGCUUAUGAUGCACGUAGUAAUGGUCGUGGUGAGGAGCGGGGAUCGCGUACAAGAGGUCCUCACAGGGACUCACAUAGGCGUUAUUUAGAGGAGCGUAGUGGGUCUCACCGUGGGGAGUUUUCGAGGGGAGGGUCUUCUCGACUUACUGCGAGGGAAAGGAGCCCAUUACAAGGAGGUGCGAAGGAUGUUCCAGAGGAGGGAGAGUUUGAACGAAAGAGUCACACAAUCACAGCUGGGGAAGUGCACCUUCGAGUAUCUUUACCUAAUGAGAAUGUGGCGGGAGAUGACACAGAUCGUCCAAAGGUAUUUUCUGGUAUGGAGACAAUGGAUAGUAGGUUAGAACAGACUUCUGAACUAGGUGGAACAGGGGAUGUUACUGUGGGAGAUGUUCCUAUGGAUCUAGAUGAUAAUAAGAUUGAUUUAGUGGGGAAUGUAAGGUCUGGAAGUGAAGAGGAGGAUUUUGAGAAUCUUACAGAUGGGGAGGCUGACGACAUAGUGAAUGGUGCAACUGAUGCUCUGGAUGAUGAUGCAGCUGCUAUCCAAGUAGGGACGACAUGUAAGACAGGACUGGUUGAGAGGGAGGAGGCAAAAAAGAAGGGUACUCGUAAGGCGUUGUUUAAGCAGACGGGAUUGGCAGUGGGGAUCUCAAACAAGAAGUUUGUCCAGGCGGUCCUAUCACCACGCAAGCGUGGUAAUGCUAAAUCUGGUACUCGUCUAGGAGAUGGGAUGAAACAGGCUACGGAUAAGGGCACUUCAAACCCUAAAGCUGGCUCUUCUAAACCUUAA